AUGUUUAAGUCUAGAAAUUUCAUAAAGGGGAGUAGGGGACAAAGAGGAUUUGGACCCGAGCGACCCGACCCGUCACCCGAAAUGGCGGCGACGCAACUUACAGCAUCACCAGUGACUGUGUCAGCUAGGAGCUUGGAAGGUCUCCGAGCUUCGAGUGCUAAGCUUUCAUCUUUUGGAACUUUGAAACCAGGGACUCUUAGGCAAAGCCACUUCCGUCCUUUGGUCGUCAGAGCUGCUUCUGUGGUUGCUCCUAAGUACACUGCAAUUAAGCCACUGGGAGAUAGAGUUUUGGUGAAGACUAAGGAGGCAGAGGAAAAGACUAUGGGAGGUAUCUUACUUCCAUCCACUGCUCAAUCAAAACCUCAAGGAGGUGAAGUCGUUGCUGUGGGUGAAGGAAGAACUAUUGGGAAAACCAAAAUCGAUAUCACUGUCCCUACUGGAGCACAGAUUAUUUACUCCAAGUACGCAGGAACAGAGGUGGAGUUCAACGAUGUGAAGCAUCUCAUUCUCAAGGAAGAUGAUAUUGUUGGCCUUCUUGAGACAGAUGACAUCAAAGAUCUCAAGCCCUUGAAUGACCGCGUCUUCAUUAAGGUUGCUGAGGCAGAGGAGAAAACAGCUGGAGGUUUGUUACUAACCGAGACAACCAAAGAGAAGCCUUCUAUUGGCACAGUGAUAGCGGUUGGACCAGGGUCUCUAGAUGAGGAAGGUAAAGUUCAGCCACUACCAAUAUCGACUGGAAGCACAGUUCUUUACUCCAAGUAUGCAGGCAAUGACUUCAAGGGCAAAGAUGGUUCCAACUACAUCGCCCUGAGAGCUUCAGAUGUUAUGGCUAUCCUUUCUUAG